AUGGAAAAGACCAACUGGACAACUGAGACUGAAUUCAUUCUGCAGGGACUUUCUGAGUACCCCGAAGCUGAAAAAAUACUUUUUGUGAUGUGUUUGUUGAUGUACCUGGUAAUCCUCCUGGGAAACAGUACCUUGAUCAUUUUAAUAAUCCUGGAUUCCAACCUCCACACACCCAUGUAUUUCUUUCUUGGCAAUCUUUCCUUCCUAGACAUUUGGUACACAUCGUCUUUUAUCCCCACAAUGCUGAUACAUUUCUUGUCAGAGAAAAAAACCAUCUCCUUCACUAGAUGUGUUCUUCAAAUGUCCGUCUCUUAUACUAUGGGCUCCACAGAGUGUGUGCUCCUAGCGGUGAUGGCAUUUGACCGCUAUGUGGCCAUCUGCAACCCUCUCAGAUACACCGUCCUCAUGAACAAGGCACUGUGUAUUCAGAUGGCUGCUGUCUCCUGGGGAUUGGGUUUUCUCAACUCAUUGACAGAAACUGUUCUUGCAACCCGGUUGCCCUUCUGUGGGAAAAAUUUCAUCAAUCAUUUUUUUUGUGAAAUAUUGGCCUUUGUCAAGCUGGCUUGUGCAGAUAUUUCUAUGAAUGAGAUAGCUAUAAUGCUGGGCAAUGUGAUAUUUCUGUUUUCCCCAUUAUUGCUGAUUUGUAUAUCUUAUCUUUUCAUCCUGUCUACUGUGCUGAGAAUGAAUUCAAAUGCAGGAAGAAAAAAAGCUUUUUCGACCUGUUCAGCCCACAUAACUGUGGUAACUGUAUUUUAUGGGACAAUUCUCUUUAUGUAUAUGAAGCCAAAGUCCAAAGACUCUGCUUUUGACAAACUAAUUGCCCUGUUCUAUGGCAUCGUCACCCCCAUGCUCAAUCCUAUCAUCUAUAGCUUGAGGAACAAGGAGGUUCAUGGGGCUAUGAGAAAACUGAUGAGGAGGCAUUGGCUCAGGAGGAAACACUGA